GAUUCUGCCGACACACCGACUCGCGGUGUUGAUGUCCGGCGCAGCUCCAGACAGGAACAAAGGCCGACGGAGCCGCACGAGCUGCACUGCGUCCACCGGCCGGGUCAGUCGACAGAGCGGGUGGUCCAACAGUGUGUGGACGGUACUGAGCUCUGUCCACCGGAGCCGACCACGGCGGAGGCGGCGAAUAUCAGAUGGAGAUGACAGAUGUGCGUGAAGACCUGGCCGCCCUUCGCCGGGAGGUGUCCGCCCUUCGUGAAGUGGUGGCUGCCCUUCGUGAAGAGAUGUCCGCCCUUCGGGAAGUGGUGGUCCCCCUUCGUGAAAAGGUGACCAUUCUGAGUGAGGUAGUGGCGAAGGACCAUUCGGACACGCAGAAGCUCAAGGGGGAGUACGCCGUACUUCACGGUGCGAUGGUCCGCCUGGAGCAGGCAGUUAUCGAGGAGCGGACCACUCGCCAGACCGUGGUGGAGGAUCUGCGGCAGGAGGUCCGCCGGCGAGCGGCGCCAUCCGGCCGUCCCCAGGGUAAAAUUUCAAAAGCGUUUCAUAACGUCACGGUACAGACGGAGUCCCAGCCACCGGCAGACAGUGAUACCACAGUGCUGAGAGAGGCGCUAAGGACAGUGACGACGUUCGACGCUCCGUCAGCCCUUGGCGAGGACCAGCUGACGGCGCUUCUGCAGAGUCUUCCUCGCUUGGAGGAGCUGACCGUCAGGGUCCCGUCCUUCGGAACGGGGCGGUGGCUGCGGCUGCUGCCGACGUCACUGAGGACGCUAUACGUUGCCGGGCCGGAGGUGACGAAGCCGAGGUGGCCGGGACGGUACGGGAGUGGUCUGUCGGUAUCUCUCCAGGGGGUAGCUGCCGACACCAUCAGUCACCUGGCCACGGAGCUGGGGUCACGGAUUACGCUACUAGUCACGGAUGCACAAAUUACUACUAUCCCAAGUCAACUUCGUGGUGCCAUCAUCAGGGUGGAGCCAAACACUGUCAUCCUUCCGGCCGGAGUCGGUGACAGCGAGCUGACGGAGCUGCGGAGCUCACGGGAGACUGUGAAACGCCUGUCAGUCUCCGCCGCCGACCUCCCGCGACUGAGGGAGCAGCUGCCGGAGGGCCUCGAGCGCCUCAAUGUCAGAGCCUGGAGCCCCUCACAAGGUGCCCUGGGCUUAAAGCCCUAUCAGUCACCGCCACCGACCUCCCGCGACUGA